UUCCUGUGAUUUCGUUGUUCUCAUCUUCCAUUUCUUCAUCACACCAACCAUGGCCAUCAAACGGUGGGAAUUUCUUCUUCUGAUGUGAGCUCCUCGGAAGUCUUAGGUCGAUUUCCGAAAUUGGAUCCCACUCGACCGACUGCCUCAUCAGGCCUUGUUGUUGAUAUCACUCAUCACCAAGUUACUAUCUUUACCUCCCUUGAUGGGCAAUCUGCUACCCACCGGAAGCCACCCAGCUUUCCGGGACCGGGCGUUAACAGCCAAAUCCCGAGCGCGCUCUCGGUCGGCAGAGCACGUGGUUUGUACCACCACCAUGCUGAGGAUCUCGGGUUACACUCAACGGCACCGAAAGAAGUUACACCAACAAGCUCGAUUCGGCCGCUUCUACUAUGCCGAUUGACAAACGGCAACUACACUCCAUUUUUAAACAACCGCGAUGCUAAGUUUGCUUUCGGGAAAAUGAGCCUGCGACAACUUACACGUUCUUUCUCCCCAUCUUUGGUUGAGGCCCGCGCUAAACCGCUUUUGGGUUUGAAUAGAGCCUCAAUAAGGAUGCUCGGUUUGAAUACACUACUCUAUAGUAGACAUCGGAUGGCAGACUCAUUCAUCACCUACACCAAACUUUAUUGCUUUUGGGUUCGCUCCACCAGCGCGAUUGAGACAUUCCGUCUUUCCCAUUCACAGAUCUUUCCUAUAAGCUGCCGUCUCUGAAUAGAUCAAUAGAUCAUGCUACGACCCGACUCCAUUCUAGCCAUCGUCGGCGUCAUGCCUCUCUUGAACUUCCUCUUCUCAUUUUAGCCCCUGCUUUGACUUUGGUUUUAACGCUGAUAUCAUCGCCAUCCUCGCCUUUGUCGUCGCCCAUUUGAUGUCAGCCCUCAUCUGUUGUCCCAUUACGCCAAUCACUCUCUGCUCGGACUUUCGCGAGUUUCUGUAUCACCCGUGCAUCGAAAGCACAGAAACAUCCGUCACGGGUCUAUGAAGAAGAGUUUUCAAAAUGAACAACACUGAUUCUUGGGCAAGUGUCGCCAACAUUACCACCCCCUACACGACCACACCCGAAGAACGACUUGGCCCUCCCGCUCCUUACACCGAUAUUGGCCUCCAGGUCAACCUCUUCUUCAGAGUCUUUCUGGGCAUCCUCGGAAUCCUCAUUCCUCUCGUGCCUGCGAGGCUAUUAUGGAUUAAUGGCGAAUUUUCUGCCACGGUACAUUGCAUGUCGACAGUCACGCUCAACUUCUUUUACGUCGUCAACUCGCUCAUAUGGCGAGACAACAACGUCAAGAAGUGGUAUGCUGGCUAUGGGUGGUGCGAUUUCCAUACUUACGUCUUCUUUGCGGUUGAAACCGUCUUUCACACCACUCUCUUCGACAUCAUGCUCGGUCUUGCCAACAAGAUUGGUAACCCGCGCGUCACCAGCCUCAGUCCUAAGGAAAAGAAACGCAAGGACCGAAUUUCGGCCCUCAUCAUCUUCGGAAAUCCGUUGUUACAGGUCUUGCUCACUUACUUCAUCAUCACGCAACGGUACGACGUCUUCACCCUUGCCGGUUGCAAUGCCGUCUUUGAUCCCAAUGGCGUCUUCUUUGUUUUCUUCAUUCUCCCCUCGCCAGUCUUCACGGUUGGGGCAGCAGGCUUGGCAGGAGUUUGCUUUUACAAGUACCGACAGCUGGAGAAACUCACUCGCGAAGUCCUACCAAGUGAUGAUAGUAUACGAACCGCGAGACAAAAACGCCUGCGGAGAAAGCUCUACUUUCUCACUCUCUCUAUUCUCGUGUUAGUUGUGCCGAUUGUUUGCGUCUUCUUCGUCUUCAACCUCAUUCAGGGUUGGCCGUGGACGCUGCCGUUCGACCUUCAUCGCAUUCACGCCAACAUCAACUUUGUCUCGUUCACAACGACGGAAAGAAUGCAAGUCUCCACAGUUCUUACCAAUUAUGUUCCAGUGGUGAGCUCGGUGGCCAUUUGCAUCACCUUCGGUACAACAGUUGAGGCAUAUAACCAAUAUCGCUUGGUUCUCGUUUUUCUUGGCUUAGGAAAGAUUUGGCCCAAGCUGUAUCAAGAAUAUGACCCCGAUGAGUCUGAACCACCAUCUGAGCUUAGUACGCAAACAAGUUCGCAAUCGUGGUGGUCAUCCAUGACGAAAAACGGCAAAAGGGGUACAGUCACAAGCUAUAGUGGAAACGACUUCUCUAUCCUUCCUAAUACCGAGGACAUACCCCUCACAAACCGACUAAACCCUGCACAAACUACGGGUGAAGGCUCUCAUACCGGUCCCCGUUCUCCAUAUGAGGAAUUCAGAAAAGAGUUCUCGGACUUGUACCCUAGCCAGUCCUCACCCACAGCAAAUGUCGACCAUAAUCCCUGGCCCGAUUUGUCAGAUGAUCCCUCCCCUCCAGCGCGCAACCCAUGGUAUCUCCGACCGAAUGCUUUCCACGUCCCUAUCACAUUGCCAAUGCCACUAUCACCCAUUUACAUACCAUCCCUGCACGCGGGUCAAGCAAAGAAGACGGAGGGAAAGCAGAAACGGACGACUGUUAACAAGCUUUCUCAAGGCUACACCACACUCAGCAGCUCCUCCACAACAAUCCUACCGCCUUCGAAUUCACCUACCUGCCCUCUUCCGCCGAUUCCAACCCCCACAUUCUCCUCAAGACAUUCACCACAGGAGGAGCGAUAUCGGGCGACGAGAAAGGCACAAAAACAGAAAGAACCAGAUACGCUACACAGCACAGGCAAUGGGACACUGAAGAACCCAUUGAUGCCAGCGGCGCCAUGGAGUCCCUUUGCUUCCAGCCACACCAACACUACCCUAGGAGUUGACACACGCGUGUGGUCCCAGAAGGACAAAGACGACUCUGCAGGCCAUGCCCAAGACUCGCCAAUCUCCCAUUCUUCUCGUUCAACCACAGGACCUCCUCAGAUUUCACCGCCGCCAUCAUACAGUGUCGCUGUCGGCCAAGAAUUCUCCUUUGCUUCCGCUUCCGAUCGAUCGACGGGACUCGGAAUCAGUCCGCCUGAAAAUCAACAGAUUGGGACGGCGUUAGGACAUCCACCGAGAGGCGGGGUGGUCAGGGUUGAGACCCAUAUAGCGAGUGAGAUUGAGGUUAUUGGUGGUUCUGGACGUGAUGAUGGGAAUGAUCAUGAUGAUGAUCGACGAAGUGGAAGGGAGUGGUAGGUGAGGGCGAUGGAGGCGCGUUUUUUUUUU